CCCCCUCCCCCUUCUCCCUCCUUCAAGCAGCUUUCCUUGUCCUUUGUGGAGGUCCCUGGGUCCCACUCGGAGGCCAAAGAGAGCAAUAGCUCCGGGGCGUGUAUUGCUCUGUCUCUGUCCAAAGUUUGGCUUAACCCCUGAGGGAGAAAGGGUCUGUGAAGCGGUGAGGCACUUUGGCUGCCUCUGAGAGGGAAAAAGACGCGCGGGGAAGCCUCUCUCAGUGAAGGGAGGAGGGCUUUCUCUCCUCUUCCCUUUAUCUCUCCAAAGUUUGGCUUGGUUUUGAUUCAGCCUGAGGAAGGAAAGGGUCUCUGACCAGCGAGGAGGUUUGGUUGCCUCUGGGGGAAAGAGACACGCGGGAAGCCUCUCUCAGUGAAGGGGGGGGGGGAGGCUUUCUCUCCUCUCCCUUCUAUCUCCCCAAAGUUUGGCUUGGUUUUGAUUCAGCCUGAGAAAGAAAAAGGUCUCUGGCGCAGCGAGGCGGUUUGGUUGCCUUGGAGGGGAAAGAGACACGCGGGGAAGCCUCUCUCAAUGAAGGAAGGGCCCCCGUUUCUCUCCCCUUCCUUCCUCCCGAGUUGUAUUUGCCCGGAGCCUUCUCUCCUAGUCAUUCGUGGCUCCAAAGUUUGGCUUGCCCCUGAGGAAGAAACGGGUCUCUGAAGCGGAGAGGCGGAUUGGCCGCCUCUGUGGGAAAGAGGCGCGUGGGGAAGUCGCUCUCAGUGCAGGAGUGGGUGGGGGGUGCUUUCUCUCCCUUGUGGGGGGGCUUUCUCUUCCCUUCCUUCCUCCCUUCAAUCCCACACUCCUUCCUUCCUUCCCUCCCUCCCUCCUUUCGCAAGGUGGCCCCCGCAGCCGCCCUCUUCCUGCCCCGCUCUCUUUCCUCCCUCCUCUUGCUUCUCCUUCGCCUCAGCACCUAGAAGAGGAGGAGGAGGAGGAGGCGGAGGAGGAGGAGGCUGCUUCCUUCCCUCCUUUCUUCCUUCCUUCCCUCUUUCCCUCGUUCUCCGCCUGCAUCGCAAGGGGCGCCGCGCCUCCCCCCGGUGCCUCCGCCGCCGGGAUGCCAUGCCCCGCAGCCACAACCACCAGGAGCCGGGCGGCGGCUCAGGCUCGGGCUCGCUCUCCGCGGGGCUCUGGCUGAAGAGCGGCAGCCGGAGCCACAGUAGCGGCAGCGGCGGCAUGAAGGAUGUGGAGUCCGGGCGGGGCAGGGUGCUGCUCACGGCGGCGCCUUCCCGCGGGGACGGCCUGCUCCUCCUGGGGGGCCCCAGUGGCGGCGGCGGCGGCAGCGCCGGGCUGCGGGAGGGUCGGAGAGACAAGCCCGGCAGCGCCCGCAUGAGCCUCCUGGGGAAGCCGCUCUCCUACAGCGGCGGCAACAGGGGCGGCAGGGGCGGACACCCCAUCUACCGGCGCAACGCCAAGUACCGGAAGCUGCAAAACUAUCUCUACAACGUGCUGGAGAGGCCCCGCGGAUGGGCGUUCAUCUACCACGCCUUCGUUUUUCUCCUUGUGUUUGGUUGCUUGAUUUUGUCAGUAUUUUCUACUAUCCCUGACCAUAUAUGGCUUGCCACUAGUUGCCUCUUCAUUCUGGAGUCUGUCAUGAUCGUUGUCUUUGGUUUGGAGUUUAUCAUACGCAUCUGGUCUGCUGGCUGCUGUUGUCGAUACCGUGGAUGGCAAGGAAGAUUGCGAUUUGCAAGGAAACCAUUCUGUGUUAUAGACAUAAUAGUUCUCAUCGCUUCAAUAGCAGUUGUUUCUGCAAAAACUCAGGGUAACAUUUUUGCAACAUCAGCACUCAGGAGUCUUCGUUUCCUGCAGAUCCUUCGCAUGGUGCGCAUGGACCGAAGAGGAGGAACCUGGAAACUAUUAGGUUCAGUGGUUUAUGCACAUAGUAAGGAGUUAAUCACAGCUUGGUACAUAGGAUUUUUGGUACUCAUUUUUUCAUCUUUCCUUGUCUAUCUGGUUGAAAAAGAUGAAAAUGAUCAGUUUUCUACAUAUGCGGAUGCUCUGUGGUGGGGCACAAUCACUUUGACAACUAUUGGCUAUGGAGAUAAAACACCCCUUACUUGGCUAGGAAGACUGCUUUCUGCAGGAUUCGCACUCCUUGGGAUUUCUUUCUUUGCACUGCCUGCUGGAAUUCUUGGGUCAGGAUUUGCAUUAAAAGUACAGGAACAGCACCGCCAGAAACAUUUUGAAAAAAGAAGAAAUCCUGCUGCCAGCUUAAUCCAGUGUGUAUGGCGUAGUUAUGCGGCUGAUGAGAAAUCAGUUUCCAUUGCUACCUGGAAGCCUCAUUUGAAGGCCUUGCAUACCUGCAGCCCUACAAAGAAAGAACAAGGUGAAGCAUCUGGCAGUCAGAAGCUGAGCUUUAAAGAACGAGUACGGAUGGCUAGCCCAAGAGGACAGAGUAUCAAGAACAGACAGCCUUCUGCCUGCGACAGGAGAUCACCAAGUGCAGAUAUUACUGCAGAGGGCAGCCCAACAAAAGUGCAAAAGAGCUGGAGUUUCAAUGACCGAACGCGUUUCCGACCGUCUCUACGUUUGAAGAGUUCACAGCCCAAGCCAGUGCCAGAUACUGAAGCUAGCAUUGGUACCGAGGAUGUAUAUGAUGAGAGAGGGUGUCAGUGUGAUGUGUCAGUGGAAGAUCUUACUCCACCACUCAAAACGGUAAUCCGGGCUAUCAGAAUCAUGAAAUUUCAUGUUGCCAAAAGGAAGUUUAAAGAAACCUUGCGCCCCUAUGAUGUGAAAGAUGUAAUCGAGCAGUACUCUGCAGGUCAUCUGGACAUGCUGUGCAGAAUUAAAAGUCUUCAGUCACGGGUUGACCAAAUUCUUGGAAGAGGACAAAUUGCCCCGGAUAAAAAAAGUCGAGAGAAGAAUGCUUCAGAGAAUGAGACAGCUGAUGACCUUAGCAUGCUAGGGCGUGUUGUCAAGGUGGAAAAACAGGUCCAAUCUAUAGAGUCAAAAUUAGACUCGCUACUCGAUAUCUAUCAACAGGUGUUGAAGAAAGGAUCUCUGUCUGCACUAACUUUGGCUUCAUUUCAAAUGCCACCUUUUGAAUGUGAUCAAACCUCUGAUUAUCAAAGUUCUGUAGAUAGCAAAGAGUUGUCUAAUUCUGCCCAGACUAGUGAAUGUGUAUCCAGAUCUGCCAGUGUCAACAUGCCGUGUGGCCUCCAACUUAUCCUGACACCAAAUGAAUUUAACCCUCAAGCUUACUAUGCUUUUAGCCCAACUAUGCAUAGUCAAGCCACACAGGUGCAAAAUGACGGACCUGUCGUUCUAUCACCUAACAAUGCACUAAACCAAAUAAAUCAGGCAUCGAAGCCAACAACGCCUACAACAUUACAAAUACCCCCUUUUUCAUCAGUAAAGCAUAUCAACAGGCUGGAACCUAUACAUAUUAUUCCUGUGAGCCCACAGGAAAAUACUUCUGAUGUCACCGCUUGCCUUGUUGCUUCUAAAGAUAAUGGACAAAAUGCAAAGUCCAGCGUGACAAAGGACAAAUCAUGGAGGAAAAGCCUUGAUACAGAAGGAGAGCCCCUAAUCUCAGUGAAACCAAUCGCGCAAAUGGACAUAGGGAAAUCACUGUCGGUUCAAAAUCUUAUACAGUCAACAGCAGAAGAACUGAAUGUACAGAUUUCUGGAAGUGAAACCAGUAGUGCGAGAGGCAGUCAAGAAUUAUACAGCAAAUGGAGGGAAUCAAAAUUAUUUAUAACUGAUGAAGACUUGGAAGCAGAGAGAGAAAGUGAGACUUUUGAGGCCAUUUCCCACCCAUUGGUGGAAACCACUCUCUCUACAGACUCUCUGAGGACUGGAAUGUCAAGAUCAUCUCAAAGCAUUUGCAAGCCAGCAGACUGUACUGAUACUCUCAGCCUGCCUCAUGUCAAACUUAAAUAGCAUUUUGUGGAUUUUUUUCCAGAUGCUGAGUAAUCCUUUCAGUCAUACAUAGCAGAGCAUGGACUAUUUUGAAACCCUUUUAAUGUUUUUUUAAAUUAAAUUAAUUGGGAAGAAAGGCAGUUGUAUGAGUCCAUAUCUUUCAGAUGCAUGAAAAUGCAUGUUUAGGUGACUGAUAACAUUCUAAUUUAUACCUACAGUACACCAUUGCUUUUGUUUAGUACAGUAGGUAUAAAUAGGAAUCCCCAUGCUUCAGGUUUAUUAAAGAACAAAGAGAUCUGAACAUUUGGAACCUAUGGUACAGUAUUUCUAUAGUACAUAAAAUUUACAUGACAUGUAAA